CGACCCACCUGUCCAUCCCGCACCCAUCUAGAAACGCGUCCACGCAGAUCGGAGAGACCGAGGCUGCUUCUUCCUCUUCUUCUUCUUCCCCCAGCCGCGUCGUCGAGAAGGUUCUAGAGGGUUCGAGAGAGGGUGGGAGGGACCGCGAAAGCGACGGACGAUGGCGCUGCAGUGGAUGAUCCUGGCGUGCGUGGUGGCGGCGGAGGCGGCGGUGGCCGUGAUGCUCACGCUCCCGGCGCCCCGCGCCGUGCGGAAGCAGAUCGUCGGGCUCACCUCGAUGCUCCUCCAGCCAUUCGCCGGGAUACUCCCCUUCGCGGCCUUCCAGCUCCUCGAUAUCUACUGGAAGAACGAGCACAGGUUGAUGUGCACCUCCGAGAUUUGCACCGCUGACGAGCGUAUCCGCUUUGAGAAAUCCAUCUUCAAGGCCCAGAGGAAUGUCAUUCUUUGUGUUUCAGCAUGCCUCCUUUACUGGUGCAUUUUCCGUAUUUGCAAGUACAACAAGGAUAUUAAGGCAUUGGAGGAGACUGAGAAACGCCUCAAGGAAGAGUAGAUUAAUCACACUUACAGGUGGAUUUUGUGCUAUUCCUGUCCUUCAGAUGUAUGCAGAUAGUUAUGUGGGAUUCCCAGUGUAUAUUGUUCGCCUUGAGGCAAAGAAAAUGUUACGCUGUUUCGGCACAUGAUUUUCAGUACGAUUUCUCGUUUAAUUGUAAGUCGUCCGGAUUCUCUUUUUUUGUGUUUUAACUUGGGAUGAUGUCAGUACGAUUUCUCGUUUAAUUGUAAGUCGUCCGGAUUCUCUUUUUUUUUGUGUUUUAACUUGGGAUGAUGUCUACCAAGAAUACAUGAGAACCACUGAACCCUGGUCAUCCUUCAAUUCAACCGUUUGAACAUUUGCCUGCA